CCGGCCCAGCCUGACGUUGCCCUUGCCCCACGUUACCGCGCCGUACGCGCGCGCACGAUACGCGUACGCGUAAUACGCGAGUUUUAUUCUAUGAUUGAUGCUAGUGAUGUUUUGUGUGUGAUUUUUUGAAUUAAAGCGUGUCAUCGAAAUCAGUAUUAUACCAGUGAUCAGUGAGUGCUAAUACUAGUGUUAAGAACAUGUGCGUGAGAAGAUUGUGAAGCCAGUGAAAAUGAUAGUGAGGUAGCAGCGCGCUCUGGCGGAGAUCGUCGGAAACAUUCCACUUUUAAAAAUAGUGACCCAGGGCCCGGAGCAGCGCAGAGACUUCUGCAAAAUGACCAAGGGCCCUAGGAAAGUCAAGCUAGUCAUUGUAGUCAACAAUAAGAAAGACCCGCCGACAUUUAAGACGCUAACGCCGACGUCUCGCACCCACCUCAAGCAGCAGUUGAUGCGAGAGCAUGCACAAGAGCAGCGUCGCAGGGAAUCUUUACAGGCGCAGCAGGCGGGCCAGUCCAAGGACAAUGAGGAGAAGAAGAAGUCAGUACCGGCGGACGUGCCGCGGGUCGUGCCUCACGUCGAGCUGCCGCCACAGGUUCUGCAGGUGCGGACAGUUCUGGAGAACCCCACCCGGUAUCACGUGAUCCAGAAGCAGAAGAGCCAGGUGCGACAGUAUCUCAGUGAAUCCUUCCAGCCCAACACACAGGUGUCGGUGCCCCAACGAGGAGCACCGGUGCAGUCGGCGCCAGAACUGGGCGCCAAGCCCCCUCCCUCGCCAGACCAUGGAUCCACAUCCAGUUUGCUCAGCCCUGGACUGUGUUCCGUAGGCACCACUAACUCAGAGGCUGAUGAGUUCCUAGAAGACAUCCUCUCACUAGACAGCGGAGCAGGCCCCCUGUCUUCAUCAGGGCCGCCGUCAGCUGCCAGCUCAAUCGCUGGCGACUGUGCACUACUAUCAGAUGCAGACAUGCACGCGUUGGCCAAAGAUCGCCAGAAGAAAGACAACCAUAACAUGAGAACUCCGUCGACCGCCAGCUCCAUAGCUGGCGACUGCGCGCUGCUGUCAGACGCUGACAUGCACGCUUUAGUCAAGGAUCGACAGAAGAAAGACAACCAUAAUAUAAUCGAACGCCGCCGCCGUUUCAACAUCAACGACCGCAUCAAGGAGCUCGGGACGCUGCUGCCGAAGACCAACGACCCCUUCUACGAGGUCAUACGCGACGUCCGCCCGAACAAAGGCACCAUCCUCAAGUCUAGUGUGGACUACAUCAAGUGUCUGAGAGAUGAAGUUAAUAGACUCAAGCAGAGCGAACAGCGGAGGAAGCAGAUAGAACUACACAACAGGAAGCUUACGCUUAGGAUACAGGAAUUAGAGCGUAUAGCGCGACUACACGGCCUGCCGCUGACUGCAGCCGAGAGCGGCGCCUCCCCCUCCCCGGCCGAAGAAACACCCCCUCCUCCAGCGCCGGAGGUAGUUCUUCCGAAGACGGAGCCGGCGCCGCUGAUGGAGCUGGAGGCGGAGGCGGCGCAGCCCCCCGACCUGCUGCGCGACAUGCCCAGCGACUGCCUCUCCGUGCCCGACGCUUUAGAUGGUCUAAAGCUGGGUUCGUGUUCGCCGCUGAGAGGCGAGGAAGGCCUGUCCCUAGGCUGCCUGGAACCUGACCUGUGUCUAGAAUCGGAGACGGACCACUUCCUCAACCACAAACACAUAAAAAUGAGAAUGUCCCCUUCGCCCGGGCUGCUCGGCAGCGGGGAUGACGCAGUGCUCAACCUCGCGCAGAUCGAGGACCUCAUGGACGACGACUCACACAACCCCGUCACCACAGGAGACCCGAUGCUAUGCUCGUCCCCGACCUCACAGUUAUGCAGCUUAGCCGACGUGGUGGGUGACGCCACGGAGCGCAGCAUAGCCAACAUGCUGCACGAUGCCGCUCAAUAUUCCCCUCACAGUGCAGGCACAUCAGGUCUAAUGGGCGACGGCGCCAUCAGCCUGUCGGGCCUGCCCGGGCUGGGCGACGCCUGCCUCCCCACCCUGCUGCUGGGCGGCCCCCACCACCACGCCCCCCACUCCCCGCACUCGCACCCCCGGCAACACUGCUUCGACAUGGACCUGGGCGCUUAGCCCACCACUGUAGAUCAGGGACCCAGCCGGUUCAGCGAGAACCAUCGAAUACUACUCUAGGAACCGUAACAAAAGACUAUCGAAGCCAGCCGUGUGGUCCUCUCGACUACGAGCCCCGCUCCUCGCACUCAUAUUCCCGACAACACUGCUUCCAUAUAAUAAAUAGUCCUCAAAUAAUAAAACAUCAUCAAAUACGAUUCGAAAGACCAUGAAAAAGACUACCACGUCCUGACUUGAAGGACCUUCGUGUUAAUCACCGAUGGGUUUCAAAGAUUUGUCUUUACGCUGUGAGGGAAGACAGGACAUAAUUUCUGUCACCAAAUAUGAUUUUGAGGCUCGAAGCAGCAAUGAUCUUCCUAAAAAGCCGAAGACCCGACUUGAAGUACACUCGGCUGGUUCGUAGGUAUACUGAUCUGGGUCAAAAGAUCUUCCGGCUCAAAGGACCACAUGAUUGUAAGUGUAGCUUUUGACGGCAAUGAGACUCCUGAAUGUGUUAGUGAGAGACUAUGACUUUGGGUUAUCAAGGAUUCAGUGAGAUUAUGUCAGUUCGCACUCUGACAAUAAUAAACUACAGGUUUAUAAUGAUAAUUAGGAGAAUCGAACUAUAGUUUUAGUAGAUUGGUUUUAACGUCGUGACGCCCUUCGUAGUUUAUAAUUUCAUACCAGUAUUUUUGGAGAUUAUUUUACUUUUCCAUGUAGAUGGCGUCACUUCCUUCGAAUUGACUUCAGCUAAAUAGUGUUCAAAUAAUGUUCUUAAAUAAUCUAGUUGUAAUGUGUUCAUUAUUUGACUAUACGCACGAUUGGUAAGAUUAGACUAUUUUUGAUUGUUUUUAAUGUAUGCCAUUUAUUUUGCUAAAUUUCAUUGAAUUUUGUAGACGAUUUGAGUCCCAGUUAAUUUUAGAGAAACCAAAGAGAUCAUUAACAUUUGGGUAGAAAUGAAAACAUUUUUUAUAAAAAAUGUCACUCCACUAAAAUAAUUAUUUUAUAUUAGUAAAAUCCUUCCUAAGUAGCUUAGGUAUUUAAGCGUUGUAGUGAUCGUGAUACAUUAGUUACCAGCUCAUUUAAUUGAUAUUUUAAAAGCUAUAUUUUUAGAAUAUUUUGUUUGGCUGGAUACAGUUUUCAUUUUUUUAAAUUACUUAAAUAGAUUAGAAAAUGCUUGCUUUUUAUUAAUACAUAUAUUUGAUGUUUAAAAAACAUUGCGUAUCUAUUUAGACGAAGUAUUAUGAAAUUUUGACAAUAAGUACUGCACAUUUUUUAAAUAAAUUAUGCCUUAAUACGGUGCUCU